AUGGGGUUUCUGUUUUCUAGGAAGAACAGUCGGAAAAAGACUGCGUCUUCAGAAGCGGUCACAAAGACAAAGGUACCGGAAAGAGCUGUCUCGGACCCACUAGCAAAUAAGCCAAAAGAUGCAGUUAAGCAGAAGUCAGAUAUUCUUGAUCUUUCUGGGAGCUCCUUUAUAUCAAAGUGUUUGUGCUGCGGGACAAAUGGACAAAUCCCCACAGGCUUAAAGAAGUUCAAAUGUUCUGUAUGCUAUACGACGAAUUCAUUAGUCUCCGGACCCAAAGGCACUUCGGCAAAUGUGUCAACGAAAAAUAAAAACGUUGUCUGCUCUCUACAAUAUCUACAACACAUUAUUCAGAGCUGCUUGAAACAGGAAAGUAAAUCUAAUAACGUUGAUCCGAUGGGUAGAACGAUAUCAUCGUUUGAACCGGUCAGUCAGUACCUAACAGAAUGUUUCCACGAUGCAGAUAUACUUGAACGAUCGUUUUACGACCUCCAUAUAUUGGAAUCUAUAAACCUGAAAGAAUUGCAUGCAUUCUAUGAUGUCAUAAUGAAAUUACCCUCGCGCAAACCCUUCUACCAAAUGAUAUGUGCAUGUAACGACUUGUUGAAGAAACCAAAGAACAGAAUUGAAAGCUUUCGUUGGAUAUUCAUCAUAUGGGAAAAUCCGGCAUGUCGGUCCUGUUUGACGUUAAGAGAUGAUGAAAAAGGGUUUGAAUCUCCCCAAAUCAAGGCAGUUGCAUAUGAACUGACUAAGAGGUGUAUAGGAUAUCUGUCCCACAUGGACGGCAAUCGGGACUUUAGAUCCCAUACAUUGUAUCUGAAGAAUCUUCCAACGGGCACUUUUUUCAACCAUAUUGAAACUUUGAAUCUGUAUCUAACGUACCAGUUGUCAAAGAUACUCUAUAGCAGAAAAGCUCGUACACAUCCGACAAAGCCCAGUAACUCGAAAAAGAAAAAUAGAAUGUCAUUAAUAAUGCCAGUUGUUGAGUAUCAGGAACAUUUACCGGAUUCGCCAGGUGUUUCUCCAACAAGUGAAAGAUCGGAUGAUUCCAAAUAUUUUGAAAACGCCAAUAAUCCAAAGAAUAAGGAUGUACCUAGAAUCAAGCCCUAUCAAUAUCAAGGAAACUGGCAUAUUCGAACUGCGUGUGCGUUGAUGAGUAUAUACCACGCUGCGAAUACAGUUAGGGGCGCAAAAGAAUACUGCUGCUAUCCGUAUAAUCAAUUGUCUAUUGACAAGUUUUACAACACAGUUCUUGAUUUCAUUGACUAUAAACAGGACUUUGAUAAUUGGAAAGGUUUGAAAGUUAAAAAGUAUCUGAACGAAAUUGUUCCAAACUUAAAUGUCCAUGUCAAAAAGUUCUCGUUUUGUAGAAAUUCGUUUUUGCUGUCUUUGGGCGUAAAAAUAUCCAUUAUGGAAUUUGAGACUAGAAAGAUUAUGGAAUAUCAAGCCGAAAUGGCGUUUCUAGACUCUCUGGAUAAGGGCAAGGUAAUAGCCGUAUACUUCAAAAUCAAAGUUAGGCGAAAUGAAAUAAUGAACGAUUCUUUGAGGGCUCUAAGGCAGCAUCAAGGAGAUUUUUUGAAAUCCUUGAGAGUUGAGUUUGUAAAUGAGCCUGGUAUUGAUGCUGGUGGACUGAGAAAGGAGUGGUUUAUGCUACUUACGCGGGAAAUGCUUUCCAAGCAAAAUGGUUUAUUUCGAUACGUCGAGGAAAGUCGGUAUUGCUGGUUUGAGUUCCAGCCUGACAAACUCAGUAAGCAGUCACUAGCAAGUCAAAGCUUUUAUUUCCUGUUUGGUGUUGUGGUUGGUCUUGCCAUAUAUAAUGGUGUUAUUUUAGACCUGAAAUUUCCUCGAGCAUUAUACCGGAAAAUGUGCAGCGAAAAACUGACCUUUGCAGAUUACUUCGAAUUGUUUCCUCAAACAGGGAAAAACCUAAAAUUAAUGCUGAAUUACUCUGCAGAAGAUUUCACGGAUGUUUUUGGCUUGACUUUUGAGACAACUUAUAAAACGAGAAAUAGAAAGACGAAAAAGCUAACGACAAUAACCGAAGAGCUAUGCGAAAAUGGAUCUUCUCUGGACGUUACGUUGAAAAACAAAAGUCGCUAUGUUGAUCUGUGGAUUGAUUACUAUAUGAACAGUUCAGUCGACAAACAAUUUGAUUAUUUUUUGGAAGGGUUUCAUCAGGUAUUUGGUGGUUGUAAUUCCAUAGGCUUGUUCAACUCUGAAGAGUUGGAAAGACUUCUUUGUGGUGACAUCCAAGAAAACAAAUACGACUUUGACAUGCUGCGCUCGGUUACCAAAUACGUCAAUGGCUAUGCAGACGACUCACCUGUUGUGCAAUGGUUUUGGGAUAUUUUAUUCCAAUGGGAUCCAAAAAUGCAAAGUAAAUUUCUGCAAUUCGUCACAGGUUCUGACCGGAUACCUGCAACUGGCAUAACGACUCUUCCUUUCAAAAUCAGCAGGCUGAAGGGACCGACCGACUCUAUGCUUCCGAUCGCGCAUACCUGUUUUAAUGAGGUAUCGCUUGGUAACUUUACAAAUAGGGAUGUAUUAGGACAGAAAUUAUUCCUAGCAGUAACCGAGUCUCAAGGUUUUGAGUUCCGUUAA